GCCCGACAUCGUCAUUUCUCAACUUUUUUUUUUUUUACUCGUGAAACUCGACAUUGAGUCAUUUUGUUGUUGUUGUUGUCGUAAAGCGGCUCAGACUGACGUUAAGACCGCUGGCGAGUUAUUAAUGGCGGCAGUUUGGCUCGUUUCCAGCUGAAUAUGAUCAACAGUUACUUCCUGGUUUAAAGUUGGCGCUUUACAAGUGUUCGGUAUGUGAAGGUUUCCGAUCAGUCCGAGCUUCUUCAGCCUCCAGAUCGUAUCAACAACACCGUAAAUAUUAACACAACAACAACAACAACAACGUGGCUGAGGUCUGCUGUGUUCCAGGUUGUGCUUUGAGAACCCUGUGAUGUUGAAAUGAAGAUUGAUGAGAAAAUUCUCACCUACUUUGAAGCUUGCAGCUCACCUGUGGACAAAGAAGGCUACCUGUACAAGAAGGGUGAGAUAAAGACGUCGUAUCAGAAGCGCUGGUUCGUGCUGAAAGGGAACCUCCUCUUCUACAAGGACCGGCACACUGACCGGGACCCGAUUGGAGUGAUUGUUCUGGAGGGCUGCACCGUCCAGCUGUGCGAGUCCGAGGAGCAGUUCGCCUUCUCGCUGGUGUGGAGCGAGCCGGGCCUGCGGACGUACAAGUUUGCGGCGGAGGACCAGGCCAGUCAGGAGAGCUGGAUCAAAGCCCUGCUGUCGGCCAACCACAGCUACCUGUCCCUGCUGGUGAUGGACAUGGAGAACAAGUACAAAGAUGCUUUAGGCGCAUCCGCCAGGGAACCACGCAAGACUUUCACCAUGCCCAAUUUCAGCACAGCGCAAGUAGAAUAUCCGGCACCCUUUAUGAACACACAAGCUGCAACUCUGUCUUCGUAUCCAUCGCCGGCGGUGGCAGCAGGACCCGGUCUGGGCUCCAGUCCUCUGCUUCAAGCUCCAAAUGUUUCACCCAGAUCAGCCAGUAAGAAAUCCCCCAAACUGUGGCCCAAGAGGAGCGCUAAUGUGGUGCCCAUUAACGCUCCUGCUCCUGCCCGGUCCAUGGGGGAGUGGUCAGCAAUGUGUUUCAGCACCAAGGAGGAAUUUAGCAAACUGCAUGAGGACUUUGGAAAGGAAGUAAAGGAACUGAUCGCUGGUUGGUCAAGGAGAGGAAAUGAUGGUGAAGUUGCUCAAGAAGGAAAUUUAAUAGAUUUUGGAUAAAAGAAAAAAGAAAAAAAAAGUGACGUUUACUCAGUUUCUCAGUCUUAAUUUAAAUAACCAUGUUUGCAUCACCAAGCUGUUUGUAGAUAUAAGUUAGAGCAAUUAUUGUGUAGAUAUAUUUUUUAUUCAAGAGCAUACUGGUGUUUUGUUUGUUUGUUUUUUUUACUUAUUGUGCCAUAGAUUUAUCAAUAAAUGAUCUAUGAACUGCUC